GAAGAUGAAGAGGAAGGGCAGUCGAAGUGAAAGGAGUGUAGAAGAUGAAGAGCAGUCAAGUGAAGGGAGUGAAGAAGAUGAAGAGGAAGGGCAGUCGAGUGAAAGGAGUGUAGAAGAUGAAGAGCAGUCAAGUGAAGGGAGUGAAGAAGAUGAAGAGGAAGGGCAGUCGAGUGAAAGGAGUGUAGAAGAUGAAGAGCAGUCAAGUGAAGGGAGUGAAGAAGAUGAAGAGGAAGGGCAGUCGAGUGAAGGAAGCGAUCGUGCAGGGUACGAGUAUACAACUGAUGAAGAAGACAACGAUCCCAGUGGUGAGCAAGACAGCGAGUCUGAUGAGGAGGAUAAAGAAGGUAGCGAAAGUAGCGAGGAGAGCAGCAGGCAGCCAGAACAGCAAGGCCCUAAAGAGCAGCGCUCGAAGCAGAAUCCCAAGGAGUCCAGACGGAAGAAAGAUCUCGGUAACCAAACACAGCUGCAUAAACGCGAGCGUAAGAAAUCUCAAGGAAAGACUCCAUCGCCUGCAAAACCUGCAGAGAAGUUGGGGACAAACCAAGAUAUUCCAAGACAAAAAGGAACACCGCCACAAUCUACUAGACCGGCGAAGAAACCAUCAACUUCAGGGACUGCCACAAAAAUUAGAGACACUCGAGGGGAGAAAGGCAAAACCAAGCAAGUAGGGAAGCCUAAACAAGAGAGGAUAACGAAAAGGCCGAAAUCUGGAGAGCAUAAAAAGGCUGAAUCUCCACGUAUUAACGGAAAAAGGGCGAGUGACAGAGAAGAGAGAAACCCAAACACAUCUACUGAGAUGGAGAAUCGAGCCAGAAUGUCAAGGAAAUACCCAAAGACUUCCAGGAAAGGUGACUUUGAUUCAUCCAGUGAGGAAGAUUUCAGAAAAAAACGACCAACAGACUCAAGAGAUCUGAGAACUUUCAGCAAAGACGACUAUGAUUAUGACGAUCAUGAUUACUCGAGUCCAAGUAAAUCUGACGUCAGGAAAGUGCUUCCAGAAGAAAGGAGAUCAAAGAACAGGGAAGGCCGACAUUAUGGCAACGACGAAGGCUCCCGGAAACAAGUCAUCAGGGAAAUCAAUGCAGGUUGGUCCUUCUGUUAUCAAACAUUACCUUGCUAUCUCUUUAUUUUUAAAUAUCAAUAUAGAUAUGUAGAUAUAAUCCACAAUAUUCUAUGCUUGUAACGUAAGAUGGAAAAGCCAGGUCGAGAGAAAUUAUGAAGAUGAUCUAAUUCUUUUUAAUCAGUAAUCAUGAAAAAGUAAGCAGGCGACAUAGUACGCUGAAUUCUUAAAUUUUAGCAAUAAUAAACUAAAAAAAAAUGACAGGAAUAUCUUCUUUUAUCCUCUUAUUUGAUUCUUACAGCUAAAUAUACUCUCCCUUCUACUGAUCAUAACUAAUUAUAAUUUCCUUAUCUCCAUUUGGGUCAUGUUCAGUUAUGUGUCAUGGUUGUUGGGCAAGAAGGAAAACAUGAAUCAAUUAAAUUAUCCAUCGCCGAAUCAAUGAGAAAUCCUAUCCUUGGGUAGUAAAACAACCUUCUAAUUUCCACGUCAUUUUUCUUCUGUACUUUACUUUGCAUCUAAUAUUCAAUUUCUAAUACGUUCCUUGCCGCAGACGGUACUGUCACCUUUGACUAAUUCCGGUGCU